GAGGCCCAGGGUGGAGGAGAAUAUAUCAUCCGCUUCAACAGGAUCCCAUCGGUUGAGUUUGUUGUGCUUGUGAAGGGCCAGAACAACAACGGCGUCUCCAGAGCUUCUUCAGGGAUCUUCCAGAGACAGUCGGCCACCAGCCUGAGAGCCUCUGGUCUCACUGUCACUGCUGAUGACUUAAAUACGGUGUUGGAGCCAGGAACACCUCGAUCAGUUUCUUUCUCUGUGAUGACAACUGGUGAAGGAGGAAGCUUCACCAUUCGAGCCACCAAUGACCAAGGCUUUACUUUAUCUUUCCCCUCCAGUUUACAGCUGGAUCCUGGAGUUAGUGCUAAUGGCUCAGUGAGCAUCACAGCUCCUGCCGACACUCCAUCCGGUACUGGUGUCACCUUGACCAUUGAGGCCGUGGCUCCUGGAGGUGCAGACAGCAACUAUGAUGUCCUGCGUCUAACCGUCCUUUCAAAAGUGACUGAUUUCACUCCACCAGUGUGCCAGCUGCUCAGCCUGCAGUCCAACUGCUCUGACAACUGCAGCCGGUCAACAUGGGAGCUCUCUGUCCAGGUCACUGAUGCAGCGAAUGGGACGGGUGUGGACAGCGUCAGUCUCAGAGAAGGCAUCGGCACGUUGAACAUCAGCACAGCAGCUGAUAAUACAACUCUAGUGUCCUAUGUGGCUUCCUGCUGCUCACCUGAUGUGCAGCUGGUGACUGUGGAUCAAGUAGGCAACGUGGAAAUCUGCAGUUACUCUGUCCGCGCAAAUGUCACUCAGGCUGUAACAACCAGCAAUGUAACAACCAGUCCUGUAACAACCAGUCCUGUAACAACCAGCAAUGUAACAACCAGCAAUGUAACAACCAGUCCUGUAAUAACCAGCAAUGUAACAACCAGUCCUGUAACAACAGCUGUCACAGCUUCCUCUAUAAGAGUUGAUUUCUCCGGGUCUCUUUGCUUUGGUUUCUCAGUCCUGAGCUUCUUGCUACACUCUCUGAGACUGUGAUCCUGAAUUUUACAAAACAGAUUACUGGUGAUGGAAAUGCAGUAAAUAUUAUGUUCACUCUGGUGGCAGGUAUUAUAUAAUUCAUACCUAAUCAAAUGUUUAAACACUUUUUGAAGCUAAAUUAAGUCUAAGUUCUGCAGUUGAACAUUAACAAAGUUUGGUGACAAAUUAGUAUCCUUGAAAUUAAUUGUUCUAAUCUUUAUGUACUCUUCAUUAAUUAUCUUCUAAAAUCAAGUUUUAAGAAAGUAUGUAAUUCCUGACAAUAAUUAAAAUAUAAAAACUGAGUUUUUACCAAA